CACUGGCGGUCACCCCGCGGGGAGGGGCCUGGGGGAUUGGUCUCGGGUCGUGGGAGGAGCCGAAAAGAAGAUGGGGGACCCUUCCCCCAAUGGAAAGAAGCGCAAGCACAGACCUCUCCGAUGAAAAGAAGAAAAACAACCAGUAGGUCCCGGCGGGAGUCACGAGGCAGUGGCGGCGCAGGGCCGGUGGUCAGGCCUCACCAGGAUGAAAGAACCAGAAAAAAAACUGGCUCCCAGGCUUUUCCUCCAGAAAUGCCUGGAUACAGUCCCUGUCUCCAUCCCAGCGAGAGCGAGCUCUGCCGUCUGCCCCUCUCCCCUCAGAACAGAGCCAGCCCCCCCUCUCUCCCCAGCCUCUCUGAUGGUCCAUCACCGAGGAAUGCAGUCUGGAGCUAAUUCCUUUCUAAUCUGUGGAUACUGAAGAAUGGAAAUAGUUGAUGCAAGCUUCCUUGGGAACAAUACCAACAUUACUGCUUUUCUGUGCAGUAUCAUCUUGGAAAAUGACACUUUUUACUGUGUGGAUGAUCCACCUUAUCCUUCUAAAGAUUUUCAUCAGAUAAUUCGAAUUCUGCUGUAUUGUUUGAUAUUCUUGCUCAGCGUUUUGGGGAACAUUCUGGUAAUUACAGUGCUGAUAAGAAAUAAGCGGAUGAGAACAGUCACCAACACGUUUCUGCUGUCACUAGCAGUCAGCGACCUGAUGCUCUGCCUUUUCUGCAUGCCUUUCACCCUCAUUCCCAACCUGCUGAAAGAUUUUAUUUUCAGUAGUGCUGUUUGCAAAACUGCCACUUAUUUCAUGGGUGUCUCUGUAAGUGUAUCUACAUUCAACCUGGUUGCCAUAUCUUUGGAGAGGUACAGUGCCAUUUGCAAACCUCUGCAGUCCAGGGUCUGGCAGACAAAAUCUCAUGCCUUGAGAGUGAUUGCUGCUACCUGGUGUGUCUCCUUCACUAUCAUGUCACCAUACCCAAUCUACAGCAAACUGGUUCCUUUCACCAAAUAUAACAACACCACAGCAAAUAUGUGCCGGCUCAUUUGGCCAAGUGAUGUCAUUCAGCAGUCUUGGUACACUUUCCUGCUACUCACACUCUUUCUUAUUCCUGGAAUUAUAAUGAUGGUUGCAUAUGGCCUAAUUUCUUUGGAACUCUAUAGAGGAAUAAAAUUUGAUGCCAGACAGAGAAAAUCUUCACGAGAAAGAAAAUUAAGUACCUGCAGUGCCAAAUACGAGGAUGGAGACGGAUGCUACCUCAACAAAAGCAAAAGGAAAAGGAAAAUGCCAUUGAAACAGCUCUCUGCUAUGAGCCACAGCAAGAUAGAGAGGGUGAGAAGCAACAGCUCUUCUGCCAACUUAAUGGCCAAGAAACUCGUGAUCCGUAUGUUGAUGGUGAUAGUGGUUUUGUUUUUCAUUUGCUGGACUCCCAUCUUCAGUGUCAAUGCCUGGCGCGCGUUCGACACCGCUUCAGCAGACCAGCGUCUCUCAGGGGCUCCCAUCUCCUUCAUACACUUGUUGUCCUACACUUCUGCUUGUGUGAACCCCAUCAUAUACUGCUUCAUGAACAAGCGCUUCCGGAUGGGCUUUGUAGCCACUUUCACCUGCUGUGCAAAGCAAAGGCCCCCUGCCACACGGGGAGAGGCUGGUGAUGAAGAGGAGGGGAAGACAACAGGGGCUUCACUCUCCAAAAGUUCUUACACGCACAUGACUGUGUCUGCACCACCCUGAGCUGUGUCAGAGGAGGCAACAAGCGCCCUAUCAUCUGGUGUUGGAGAGUGACUGUGGCAUCAGCUGAACAUGAUUUAGUUCUGAGUUAAUGAAACACUUCAGUUGACAGUAAACACAGUGAGAAUUCUAUGGGAAAUGGAUGCUAUCACUAUCUGAGUGUUAAAUCACUUUUCCUUCAAAAGUACAAAGGAGGAAGAGGGCUGUGAAGAUAAAGGACUUUGUAAAAAGCCUUAGAAGAUGUUCUGUUUGCCAUAAAUUUCAUUGUAAAAAUUGAUGUCCUUUACAUCAACAAUUUUGCUCAGUGUUCAGCUGGAAUUCUGAGUAUCUCCUAAAACUUCCAAGAUGCUAAUAGAUUCUUCUCAAACAUGAAUACAUGUAUUGCAGUCUUCACUUCACUAGCUAUGCAUUAUAACCAAAAAAUCUUUCUGUUAUAUUUGUAGUAUAUUUUCACAUUAUUUUAGCUGAGCUAAUACAUGUUGAUAUAAUUUUGGCAUCACACUCACAGAAGUUCUGGGGUGAGGAGCAUGGGCUUGUCCAUGU